AUGUCGCAGAUGAAGAUCUCGGGGACGUCUCCGGCGCGAUCCCCUCUCCCAGCAAAGACCGGCUCCCACAACGGCGUCGCUGCCCCCCGCGCGCGCUCCACGGCGCCCCGUGCGGCCUCAGUCGGGGCCACGGAGCUCCUCCAGGUCGCCACCGACCCGCUCACGGACGCUCAGGCGCGCGAGAUGCACCGGAAGUGCCGCGGCAAGCUCUGCGAAGCCCUCCCGGACUCGUUCGUCGUCAUGACGGGCGCCAACGAGGUCCCUCGCAACGGCAUUGAUGUCACGUUCCCAUUCCGGCAAAAGUCCGACUUCUACUACCUGACAGGCGUGGACGCGCCGGGAUUCGCGCUCGUCCUCGACACGGCCGCGCACAAGCUCACGCUGCUCGCCCCGGAGCUGCCUCCGGAGUUCGCUGUGUGGGUCGGGAGCGUGCCGACCCUCGACGACAUCGCGCAGCGGUACGGGGCGGACGACGUGGCGUUCUACAAGAAGGGCGAGCUGCGCGAGGCCGUGGCCGGCGCGCUGAAGAAGCUGGGCGCGGCGGACGGCGGCGCGCAGGUGCACGUGGACGCUGCGGGCGACCUGGAGGCUGCGGCCGCGGUGGAGGGUGCUGCGGCGGGCGGCGACGGCGACGCGGCGCUGGCGGCCGCGAUGAAGGCGUGCCGCGUGGCGAAGAUCGAGGAGGAGCUGCAGUGCAUCGCGCACGCGAACCUCGUCUCGGGACGCGCCCACGCGCACCUCAUGGCACAGUGUGCUCCGGGCAUGCGCGAGUUCCAGAUGGAGGCUGCGUUCCGCCACGCGACGAUGCACGGCGGGCUCCUGCAGCUCGGCUACCCCGUCAUCGCCGCCGCGGGCAAGAACGGUGCGAUCAUGCACUCGGCGGCCGGUCAGACUGCUGUCAGGGACCAGGAGCUCGUGCUGGUCGACGCCGGGGCCGAGCACCGCUGCUACACCGCGGACAUCACUCGGACGUGGCCCUGCGGCAGCCGCGGGUUCGGGGCCGCCGCGCGGGACGUGUACGGGACGUGCUUGGCCAUGCAGGAGUUGGGGCUGGAGCGGGUGAAGGCGGGCGCGGACUGGAAGGAGACGAACGCGGCGGUGCGGCGACUGAUGCUGGAGGGGCUCCUGGACGUCGGGGUCGUGCGGGGGCGCGUGGACGACAUGCUGGAGCGGGAGAUCGACAAGCUGUUCAUGCCGCACAACCUCGGCCACUACCUGGGCCUGGACGUGCACGACGUGGGGCCGUCGGGCCCGGUGCCGGAGACGCUCGAGGACGGCGCCGUCGUGACCGUGGAGCCCGGCGUGUACUUCAUCGAGGCCCUGCUCGAGCCGGCGCUCGGCGCGGGCCCGAAGAAGGAGUUUCUCAAUGAGGAUGUCAUUCGCAACAUGAUGGACAUGGGCGGCGUGCGCAUCGAGGACAACGUGGCGGUGACGGAGACCGGGCACGUGAACCUGACGCCCGCCGAGUGCGUCAAGGCCCCCGAGGACGUCGAGGCCGCCUGCCGCGGGGCCUGA